CGCUACCAGUGUCUACGCUUUCAGUACGAAGAACAACGCCACAUGUCAAGAAUAACCGUACAGUAAGCAUAUCUGCGGUGACGCUUUUAUGCCCUACAAACGAAGAACCAGUCGUUAAAAAAACAAACUGAGCUGCAUUUCGAUCCAAUUCGAGUAGCGUUUUCACCAUCGUGGAGUUUUAAGCUGGACGAUGUGAUUACGUUUGGUAACACGUCAGGAUAAUGGCGGGUAAUGGGGCGAAAACGGGGACAAGGCAUAUGAUUGGGCUCGGCGCUGCCCUGUGUGUCUGUGGCCUACUGCUGCUUAUCCCGGAUACCGUUUUCUUCGUUUUAUUCAUCCCCAUAUUUGGAUUUUCCGGCGUCAUCUCCGGAAUCUUCUACAUCGUCACCGGCGCGAUAACGAUCGCCGCCGGGAAAACCACGCAGACCAACCAGGACAACGCCCGCUGCCUGCUGAUCGCCGCCCUGGUGCUCAGUACCUUGUCGCUGCUGUGUGCCUUCGGUUUGCUCAUCUUCGCCAUUAUCGUGACCAUCUGGGUGAGCAUCUGGCCGUUGGCGGCGGCCGUGUUGGUCUUGCAUCUGCUGGUGUUGGCCAUCUGUAUCGGUGUGAUCGUAGUGGUGGCCCGCUGUCCCGCCUUGCAUGCCCGCCCCACCCUGAAUGUGGUGAUGACGCCUCUGGUCUCGCCGCAAGGGACCGGAGAGGCUCCCACGUCCAGCUACCACACUGUUCAGUUUUAUCCGGCUCACGCAGCAGAGAAAGCUUUUCAUCCGGUUCGGGAACCAGGGAAAGCAUUUUAUGCGGUUCAUGAACCAGGGAAAGCUUUUUAUCCAAUUCAUGAACCAAGAAAAGGUUUUUAUCCGGUUUAUCCACCACAGAACGUUUGAAGCAUCCCUGCCAGGAAAUGCAUGUAACAGUGUUAAAGCAAAUGUCUGUGUAAUCUUUUACGGUCUUCUGACUACCUGUUCUAGCUACCUUAUGACACCAUCUUGCAUAAGCGCAGCGUGGCUGUGCAGAUUUUCCGGAAGUUGGGCAUGCAGAUUCUUAAUCGUUCUUGUACCGAUGGGGUACGCUUGAUGAUUCGAAUGCUUUCCUCUUUUAAAGUAGCUCUGGAGAAGUGAUUGUCGUAUAAUAUAUUGCUUGCGCUAUUACUUUCGUAUGCGGAAAAUAAUUGCCAGUGCCGACAGUUAAAAAAAUUGUGAUCGAAAA